CAGUGUUGGUAAAAUCUACACUAAGACCAGCAAAUUCUGUUGUAAUUAUUUUUUAACAUUAAUAUGUUAUAUCCAUGUUUUAUUUUUAUUCUGUUUUUCUCCACAGGAAAAAAGCAGAUCUAGAAUGAUUGACUUACAGAAUUAUUUAAGCCAAAAUGAGAGCAUAGAAAACAUUUCUCUUUGUUAUGAACAUCAUCCUAACUCUUGUCAGCAGAGUGUCUACUCACUGACUGUGAGAUUUGUAACUUAUCUUGUUCUUGGUGUUAUUAUGUUUCUCACAUUAUUUGGAAAUCUUCUGGUGAUCAUAGCUAUAACUCAUUUCAAGCAGCUGCACACACCAACUAACUACCUCACUCUCUCUCUGGCUGUAGCUGACCUGCUUGUAGGAGGGGUGGUGAUGCCUCCUAGCAUGAUACGCUCUGUGGAGACGUGCUGGUAUUUUGGGAGCUUCUUUUGUAAAAUUCAUCGAUAUUAUGCAGUAUGUCACCCCCUGCUGUACCACAGUAAAAUGACUCCUCUUGCUACUCUGUUCAUGAUCACUGUUUGUUGGAGUGUUUCUGCUGCUGUGGGAUUUGGGGUGAUUUUUCUGGAGCUCCGUAUUCAAGGCCUUGAAGAUUACAGUGAUGCUAUGUGUGAGGGGGGAUGUAUGAUGAUUCUUGGGCCCUUAACAGCUUUGAUGAUGUCAAUGUUGACCUUGUACAUCCCCACCAUUGUCAUGCUAAGCAUAUAUUUGAAAAUCUAUCUUGUAGCACAGAGACAAUCACGUUCAAUUCACAGCACACUUUCUCAGAUGAAUACUAGUAAAGCAGAGAGAAAAGCCACUAAAACAUUGGCUAUUGUUAUGGGAGCAUUUCUAGCGUCUUGGGCACCACUUUUAAUCUACAGUAUUGUCGAUAUAUAUCAUGGUUUGAAAAGUCCACCACAGCUGUUUGAUUUCUUUGGUUGGAUCGGAUAUUCAAAUUCAGCAUGCAAUCCGAUUGUGUAUGCAUUCUUUUACAGGUGGUUUAGAAAGGCUGUUAAACAUAUUCUAUAUGGCAAAAUAUUCACAAACAAAUCUUCAAGAACAAAGCUGUAUUCAGAACAGUAUAUCACUGGUCAUGCUCAGUAA